UCAUAGCGACCCCGUCCUUCAGGCUUUCUUUUCUCUGUCUUCGAGCCUCUUAUCCCUCUGUGCAACACACCAUCUCAUCUUUCAUUUAUAUCUUUCACGAUUAUAGAUGUGUUGGCAGAGUAUGAGCCUGUUAACGGACACGCCAGACCAAGAGACGCGACAAUAUGUUGUUGUGAUGACAGGUACUCACAUGUCAGAGCCUUGUACUGGGCGCGUGGUGUGGAAUCGAUGGCGACAACAACAAACCAUCAGACGGAGAAUACAUAUUCUCCCGAAUCCCGAUGUGACUUUCACAGCUGGCAGAACUUCCAUUCUAAAUAAAAUCAACAAAAGCCCCAUCUACAACUCCUCCACUGGUCCUCAUCCAGUACGGACAUCCAUCAAUCCCACCAAACUCUCCUCCCCACAACCAAUAUUCUUCCAUCCAACCCUCCUCAAGUCAACACCACACUCAUCAAUCCUCAAAAUUCAUCAUCCAUGCCUCGCUGCGGCUCCUGCAACAGGAAGUUCCGGACGGUUGCAAGACGGAACAAACACCUUCGACAGGUCCACGGCGUCACCGUCUUCGUGUGUCCGGAUUGCAAUUACUGGACUUAUAAACGGCAUUUGUUUAUGCGGCAUCGGUUUUAUAUUCAUAUCUUAGGUGGUUCGGGAUAAGUGGGUGGGUGGGUUGGUGAGGAGUCUUUAGAUGUAGUUUGGGGCAAGUUGUUGACUUUUUUUAGGUGGUUAGGGAAGAUG